AUGGCAGAGGAAGGGGCUGUCGCGGUCUGCGUGCGGGUCCGGCCGCUCAACAACAGAGAAGAAGCUCUUGGAGGAGAUACCCAAGUUUACUGGAAAACUGACAAUAAUGCUAUUUAUCAAGUUGAUGGCAGUAAAUCCUUCAGUUUUGAUCGUGUCUUUCACAGUAAUGAAACUACUAAAAAUGUGUAUGAAGAAAUAGCAGUACCAAUCAUAGAUUCUGCCAUACAAGGCUACAAUGGUACCAUAUUUGCCUAUGGUCAGACUGCUUCAGGAAAAACAUACACCAUGAUGGGUUCAGAGGAUUAUUUGGGAGUAAUACCCAGGGCAAUUCAUGACAUUUUCCAGAAAAUUAAAAAGUUUCCUGACAGGGAAUUUCUCUUACGUGUGUCUUACAUGGAGAUAUAUAAUGAAACCAUUACAGACUUACUCUGUGACACUCAAAAAAUGAAGCCUUUAAUAAUUCGGGAAGACUUCAAUAGGAAUGUGUAUGUGGCUGAUCUCACAGAAGAAGUUGUUUAUACAUCAGAAAUGGCUUUGAAGUGGAUCACAAAAGGAGAAAAGAAUAGACAUUAUGGAAUUACAAAAAUGAAUCAAAGAAGCAGUCGCUCUCAUACUAUUUUUAGGAUGAUUUUGGAAAGUAGAGAGAAAGGGGAACCUUCCAAUUGUGAAGGAUCUGUCAAAGUGUCCCAUUUGAAUUUGGUUGACCUUGCAGGCAGUGAAAGAGCUGCUCAAACAGGCGCUGAAGGUGUGCGACUCAAGGAAGGCUGUAAUAUAAAUAGAAGUUUAUUUAUUUUGGGACAAGUGAUCAAGAAACUUAGUGAUGGACAAGUUGGUGGUUUCAUAAAUUAUCGAGAUAGUAAAUUAACACGAAUUCUCCAGAAUUCCUUGGGAGGAAAUGCAAAGACACGUAUUAUCUGCACAAUUACUCCAGUGUCUUUUGAUGAAACCCUUACUACUCUACAGUUUGCCAGCACUGCCAAAUAUAUGAAGAAUACUCCUUAUGUUAAUGAGGUAUCAAGUGAUGAAGCUCUCCUGAAAAGAUAUAGAAAAGAAAUAAUGGAUCUUAAGAAACAGUUAGAGGAGGUUUCUUUGGAGACUCGGGCCCAGGCAAUGGAAAAAGACCAGUUGGCCCAACUUUUGGAAGAAAAAGAUUUGCUUCAAAAAGUACAGAUUGAGAAAAUUCAGAACUUAACACGGAUGCUGGUGACCUCUUCUUCCCUCACAUCACAACAGGAAUUAAAGGCUAAAAGAAAACGAAGAGUCACUUGGUGCCUUGGCAAAAUUAACAAAAUGAAGGACUCAAAUUAUAUAAAUGAAUUUAAUAUGCCAACAAAUGUAACAAAAACACGUAAGGCGGCUGCAACCGUAGUGGGGGAAAUUGAUGAAUCUUUCUGCUCAGAGUCUGAUAUUUUCAGUAAUACUUUUGAUACAUUAAAUGAGACAGAGUGGAAUCCAGCAACAAAGCUACUAAGUCAGGAAAACUUAGAAAGUGAACUGAAUUCACUUCGUGCCAACUAUGAUAAUCUGGUAUUGGACUAUGAACAACUAAGACGAGAAAAUGAAGAAAUGGAAUUGAAAUUAAAAGAAAAAAGUGAUUUGGAUGAAUUUGAGGCUCUAGAAAGAAAAGCAGAAAAAGAUCAGGAGAUGCAACUAAUUCAUGAAAUUUCCAACUUAAAGAAUUUAGUUAAGCAUGCAGAAGUGUAUAAUCAAGAUCUUGAGAAUGAACUAAGCUCAAAAGUAGAGCUGCUUAGAGAAAGGGAAGACCAGAUUAAGAAGCUACAGAAAUAUAUAGACUCUCAGAAGUCAGAAGAUAUAAAAAUGGACUUGUCAUACUCAUCGGAAAGCACUGAAGACAUAAAACAAAUGAAACAGACUCUGCUUGAUACUGAAACUGUAGCCCUUGAUGCCAAGAAAGAAUCAGCCUUUCUUAGAAGUGAAAAUCUGGAGCUGAAAGAGAAAAUGAAAGAACUUACAAAUACAUACAAGCAAAUGGAAAAUGAUAUUCAGUUAUAUCAAUGCCAACUGGAGGCAAAAAAGAAAAUGCAAGUGGAUCUGGAGAAAGAAUUACAAUCUUCUUUUAAUGAAAUAACAAAACUCACCUCCCUUAUAGAUGGCAAAGUUCCAAAAGAUUUGCUCUGUAAUUUGGAACUGGAAAGUAAGGUUACUGACCUCCAGAAAGAACUGAAUAAAGAAGUUGAAGAAAAUGAAGCUUUGCGUAAAGAAGUUAAUUUGCUCUCAGCAUUGAAAUCUUUACCCUCAGAAGUAGAAGUGCUGAGGAAAGAGAUGCAUGAUAAAUCUGAAGAGCUCUGUGUAAUAACAUCAGAAAGAGACAAUUUGUUUUCUGAAGUAGUUCAAAAAGAAAGUAGAAUUCAAGAUUUACUUGAAGAACUUGGGAAAACUAAAAAUGACCUAGCAAUUACCCAGUUGAAUUACAAAAGCACUGAUCAAGAAUUCCAGGAUUUUAAAAAUCAUCAUAUUGAAUUUGAGCAAAAGUAUAAGAUGGUCCUUGAGGAGAAUGCAAGAAUGAAUCAGGAAAUAGGGAAUCUCUCUAAACAAGCUCAAAAACUUGGUUUAAGUUUGGAUGCUGUGAACACAGAGCUUUCUCCCAAAUCUGAAGAAGUUCAGAAAACAACUGAGAGUCAAAAAAGGUUAAAUGAAGUGGAAGAGCUGAAGGAACAAUUAGAAAGUAGAGAUUCAAGGCUGCUAACUAUGGAAAAGGAAAAAACACUGAUCGCUGAGCAACUUCAACAAACUUUAGUAGAAGUAAGAACCUUAACCCAAGAAAAGGAGGACCUAAAACAACUCCAGGAGAGCCUGCAAAUUGAGAGGGACCAACUCAAAAGUGACAUUCAGGAUACUGUAAACAUGAAUAUAGACACCCAAGAACAAUUAAGACAUGCUCUUGAGUCUUUGAAACAACACCAAGAAACAAUUAACACACUAAAAAUGAAAAUUUCUGAGGAAACUUCCAGGAAUUUGCAUACAGAGGAAAACCUAGGAGAAACUAAGGAUGAAUUCCAGGAAAAGAUGGUUGACACAGAUAAAAAACAGAAUUUGAAAGCCAAAAAUAUUCAAACACUGAUUGCGAAUGUUGAAGAUAAUGAGCUAACUGAGCAACAGAGAAAGAUAUUUUCUUUAAUACAGGAGAAAAAUGAACUGCAACAAAUGUUGGAGAGUAUUACAGCAGAAAAGGAACAAUUACAGACUGACCUAAGGGAAAAUAUUGAAAUGACUAUUGAAAACCAAGAAGAAUUAAGAAUUCUUGGAGAUGAACUCAAAAAGCAACAAGAGAUCAUUGUACAAGAAAAGAACCACACCAUAAAGAAAGAGGAAGAGCUUUCUAGGACCUAUGAGAAAUUAGCAGAAGUUGAAGAAAAGCUAAAGGAAAAGAACCAACAACUACAGGAAAAACAGCUACAACUUCUUAGUGUACAAGAAGAAAUGAAUGAGAUGCAGGAAAAGAUGAAUGAAAUAGAGAAUUUGAAGAAUGAAUUAAGGAACCAAGAAUUAACAUUAGAACGUAUAGAAAUGGAGAGGCUAGAGUUGGCUCAGAAGCUCCAUGAAAAUUAUGAGGAAAUGAAAUCCAUAACCAAAGAAAGAAAUGAUCUAAAGGAAUUACAGGAAUCAUUUGAAAUAGAGAGAGAGAAGCUUAAAGGAUACAUAAAAGAAAUCGAAGUUAGAGGUCUAGAAACAAAAGAAGAACUAAAAAUUACUCGCGUUCAUCUUAAAGAACAAGAAGAAACUAUUGAUGAACUAAGAAAAAACAUUUCUGAGAAGACAGCUCAAAUAAUAAAUAUUCAGAAGGACUUAGAAAAAUCCAAUAUUGAAUUACAAGAAAAGAUCCCAGUGCUUCAUGAGGAACAGGAGCUAGUGCCUAAUGUGAAAGAAGUCAGUGAUACUCAGGGAACAAUGGAUGAAGUGGAGCUAUUGGAAAAGCAAUCCAAAACCAAGGAUUCAGUGACACUGGCACGCAUAGAAAUAGAAAGGCUCGAGUUGACUGAAAAACUUCCAGAAAGUCAUAAAGAAACAAAAUCUCUAACUGAGGAAAGAGACAAGCUUCAGACAAUACAAGAAGCAGUUCAGGUUGGACAAGACCAGCUGCAAGAAGACAUUAGAGAAACGUUGGCUGAAAUCCAGGAGCCUCAAGAUCAACAAGAUCAGACCUUCAAUGUGAAAGAAAAGGACGAUGAGGCUGAGGAAAUCCUGAGCAAGCUGGAGCAACCGCAGGAGCCGCUCGAAGCCGGAGAGGCAGCACUGCCACGAGUGGGCAUGGAAAGGCUCAAGAUGGCUGAGAGGCUGCGAGAAGUUCCUCAGUCUGAAACUCACCAACUCAAAGAGAACUUGAGAGAAAUGACAGCUAAGCACCUGGAAACCGAAGAGGAACUGAAAGUUGCUCGUUGUCACCUGAAAGAACAGGAGGAAACUAUUGAUAAGCUGAGAGUGAAUCUUUCAGAGAGGGAAACUGAACUCUCCAGCCUUCGAAAGGAAUUAGAAACAACCAAUGAUGAAUUACAGAAAAAGAUCCAAGAGCGUCAUGAGAAACACGAACAAUUUAUUAGCACCAAAGAAAUCAUUGAGACUCAGGAAAAAAUGAGUGAACUGGAGCAAUUAAAGGAGCAACUCAAAGUCAAAGAUUCAUCAUUACAAAAUAUAGAAAAUGAGAGGCUCAAGUUGACCGAGAAACUUCAGGAAAGUCAAGACAAAAUAAAAAUUAUAAUGAAGGAAAGAGAUGAGCUGAAAAGGGUGCAGAAAGUUCUUCAAAUGGAGAGAGACCAACUCAAAGAAAACAUUAAAGAAACUGUAGCUGAAAUUCAAGAACUUCAGGAAGAAGAAUAUCAGCUUCUUAAGAUGAAAGCUGUCAGUGAGACUCAGGAGAAAAUAUGUGACAUGGAAUACUUCAGGAACCAGUUUGAGGCCCAAAAGUCAACUUUGAAAAAUAAAGAAAUGGAGAAUGUGAGGUUAACUCAGAGACUUCACAAAAACCCUGAAGAAAUGAGAUCUGUUACAAAAGAAAGAGAUGAUCUUAGGAGUGUAGAGGAGACUCUCAAAGUACAGAGAGACCAGCUCGAGGAAAACCUGAAAGAAACUGUAAUUAGAGAGCUGGAAAAACAAGAGGAACUAAGAAUUGCUUAUGUGCAUGUGAAAGAGCACCAGGAAACUAUUGAUAAACUCAAGGGCCUUGUUUCUGAGAAGACAGAUGAAAUAUCAAAUAUGCAAAUGGAUUUAGAAAACUCAAAUGCUACCUUAAAAGCACAGGAGCUGGAAAAACAAGAGGAACUAAGAAUUGCUUACAUGCAUGUGAAAGAGCACCAGGAAACUAUUGAUAAACUCAGAGGCCUUGUUUCUGAGAAGACAGAUGAAAUAUCAAAUAUGCAGAUGGAUUUAGAAAAUUCAAACGCUGAAUUACAAGAAAAGAUUCAACAACUUAAGGCAAAUGAACAUCAGCUUUUUAAGUUAAAAGAAGAUGUCAGUGAGUCACAGAAAAAAAUGUCUGAAAUAGAGCGAUUGAAGAAACAAUUCAAGGCCCAAAGUUUAACUCUGGAUAAAAUAGAAAUGGAGAAUUUAAAUUUGGCUCAGAAGCUUCAUGAAAACCUUGAAGAAAUGAAAUCUGUAAUGAAAGAAAGAGAUAAUCUGAAAUUGGAGAGAGACCAGCUCCAGGCAAACCUACAGGAAACCAAAGCUAGAGAUUUGGAGACACAACAGGAACUAAAAAUUGCUCACAUGCAUUUGAAAGAACACCAAGAAACUAUUGAUAAAUUCAGAGAGAGAGUUUCAGAAAAGACAGCUCAGAUUUCAAAUAUUCAAAAGGAUUUAAAUAAAUCUAAAGAUGAAUUACAGAAAAAGAUACAAGAACUUCAGAAAAAAGAGCUUCGACUUCUUAAAAUGAAAGAAGAUGUCAAUAAAACUCAUAAAAAUAUAAACAAAAUGGAACAAUUGAAGCAGCAAUUUGAGGCCCAAAAUUUAUCUAUGCAAACUGUGGAAAUGGAUAACUUACACUUGACUAAGAAACUUCAUAAAAGCCUUGAAGAAAUAAGAAUUUUAGCUAAAGAAAGAGAUGAGCUAAGAAAGAUAAAAGAGUCUCUCAAAAUGGAAAGAGACCAAUUCAGGGAAACCUUAAGAGAAAUGAUAGCUAGAGACCAACAGAACCAUAAAGGGGUAGUAAAAUACGAAAAACAGUCACAAUGUAAUGAAAGACACCACCUCACAGAAAGCCUGAGAGAAAAGUGCUCUAGGAUAAAAGAGCUUCUGAAGAGAUACUCAGAGAUGUAUAAUCAUUAUGAGUGCUUAAAUAGACUAUCCCUUGACUUGGAGAAAGAAGUUGAAACCCAAAAAGACCUUUCAGUUAGAGUAAAAGCAAACCUCUCACUUCCAUAUCCACAAAUCAAACAAAUUCAAAAACUUCUCACUGCAAACCAAAGAUGUUCAAUGGAAUUCCACAGAGUCAUGAAGAAACUUCAGUAUGUGUUAAGCCAUGUUACAAAGAUAAAGGAAGAACAACAUGAAUCCAUCAAUAAAUUUGAAGUAGUUUUUAUUGAUGAAGUGGAAAAGCAAAAUGAACUGCUAAUUAAAAUACAGCAGCUUCAACAAGAUUAUGAUGUACCAUCCAGAGAAUUCACAGACCUCAAAUUGAGCAAGAAUAUGGAUCUACAUAUUGAGGAAAUUCUCAAAGAUCUUUCAGAAAAUGACUUCCACUGCAUAAAGACUGAAUUUCAGCAAGUGCUAAGUAAUAGGAAAGAAAUGACCCAGUUUUUGGAAGAAUGGUUGAAUACUCAUUUUGAUAUAGAAAAUCUUAAAAAUGGCAUCCAGAAAGAAAAUGAUAAGAUUUGUCAAGUGAAUAACUUCUAUAAUAACAAAAUAAUUGCUAUAAUGAAUGAAUCUACAGAGUUUGAGGAAAGAAAUGCUACCAUAGCCAGAGAAUGGGAACAUGACCUGAAAUCAGUGAAAGAGAAAAAUGAACAACUAUUUAAAAACUACCAAACUUUGAAGAUCUCCCUGACAUCUGGUAUCCUUGUUGAUUCUGCUACAGAAAACAAUAAGAACCUUCAUGUUACAUCAAGAGCCACAAAACUAACGACAGAGAAAAUUCAGGAGCUGGAAACUUCACUGCGUGAAGCCCAAGAAAGCGCUAAGCACAAGGAAAGCAAGAUUAUAAAGAUGCAGAAAGAACUUGAGAUGACUAAUGACAUAAUAGCAAAACUUCAAGCACAAGUUAAUGAAUCAAAUAAAUACCUUGAAAAAACAAAAGAAAUGAUCCAAGUACUUCAGGACAAAGUUGCUUUAGGAGCUAAGCCCUAUAAAGAAGAAAUUGAAGAUCUCAAAACAAAGCUGGUGAAAAUAGACCUAGAGAAGAUGAAAAAUGCCAAAGAGUUUGAAAAAGAAAUUACUUCUACAAAAGCCACUGUAGAAUAUCAAAAAGAAGUUAUAAGGGUACUGAGAGAAAAUCUUAGAAGAAAUCAACAAGCCCAAGAUACCUCAAUUGUAUCAGAGUGUACGGACUCGCAGCCUUCAAAUAAACCCUUAACUUGUGGGGGUGGUAGUGGCAUCGUACAAAGCACAAAAGCUCUUAUUUUAAAAAGUGAAUAUAUACGGCUAGAGAAAGAAAUCUCCAAGUUAAAGCAACAAAAUGAACAGCUAACAAGGCAAAAGAGUGAACUCUUAAGCAAUAAUCAUCAUCUUUCCAACGAGGUCAAAACAUGGAAGGAGAGAAUCCUUAAAAGAGAGACUCACAGAGAAGUUAGUUGUGAGAAUUCUCCUCAGUCUCCUAAAGUGACUAGAACAGCUUCCAAAAAGAGGCCGCAUACGCCUUCUCAAUGCAAGGAACGGAAUUUACCAGAUCCUGUGCCAAGGGAAUCACCGAAGUCUUGGUUUUUUGACAGCCGAUCAAAGUCUUUACCAACACCUCAUCCAGUUCGCUAUUUUGAUAACUCCGGUUUAGGCCUUUGCCCCGAAGAACAAACUGCUGGAGCAGAGAGCGUGAAGCCUCAGCCAGCUCCUUGGCACGCCUCCUCAGGAAAAGAUGCGCCCGAGUGCAGGACACAGUAGACUCCGCUCCUGUCACUUUUCCGGGGGCCCAGCAUUCCCUGUUUGGAAAUGACUGCGUUU